AUGCAAAACCAGAGUUUUGUAACAGAGUUCAUAUUCCUUGGACUUUCACAGAACCCUGAAGUCCAGAAAAUAGUUUUUAUUGUAUUUUUGUUUGUCUACAUUGCAACCGUUGGGGGCAACAUGAUAAUUGUGGUGACUAUUGUCUGUAGCCCAGCAUUGGUAGACUGCCCCAUGUACUUCUUCUUGGCUUUCUUGUCCCUAUUGGAUGCAUUCUUCUCUUCUGUCAUCACACCAAAGAUGGUUGUGGACUCCCUAUAUGAGAAGAAAACUAUCUCCUUUGAAGGAUGCAUGAUGCAGCUCUUUGCUGAACACUUCCUUGCAGCAGUAGAAGUGAUUGUUUUGACAGCCAUGGCCUAUGACCGCUAUGUAGCAAUUUGUAAGCCCUUGCACUACUCUUCCAUCAUGAACUGGAAGGUCUGUGGCACACUGAUGGGGAUAGCAUGGACAGGAGGAUUCUUGCAUUCUAUCAUACAAAUUAUUUUCACUUUGCAAUUACCCUUCUGUGGACCCAAUGUCAUUGAU